GAGAUAAACACAAAGGCAGCUGUUGAUAUCAACCCAGUGACUGAAUAUGAUCGGCUCAAUUCCGGUGUGUAAUAAAAAGCAUAAUCUAGACCUAUUAAAACAGUUGGAUGAGUUUUAUUUGUCCUCUUCCAGAUGUUUUCCUCAGUGUGACCCACAGUGCAGCCACUGUAACUGACGUGGUCUAAUGUGUCUCUCCUGCCUGUUGGGUCAGACUGAAAACAUUGAUUCUUCUGUGUUGACAGCGGAUGCAGCUCAGUGUGUGAGAACCUCGGCCCACGUUACACACGAGUCGUGAAAACACAAAGCAAACACACAGAGUCGUGCUCAGGGCGACGGGGAAUGAAUCGUUUGAUGGAAACCAGAGCAAACACAGAGGAAAUGGGCUUUUUCCCACUCAGACUAUAUCCUCUCACUUUUCAUGAGUAGAAGUAAAGACACCAGCUUGUGUUUGCAGCCCAGAAAUUGGUGGAAAUAUCCAGUGAACAGAUAUUGAAGCACUCGUGUGUUUAAAUGUGGAAAGGUCAGUUAUUUGAAUACGACUCCUUGGGUUUCAGUUUGGCACCAACGUGCACUACGACUGGUUUCUGGAACGUGGGCUGAGAUGUAUUUUUACAGCCCGUACAGUACAGACAGCUGAGGACUGCACAGUGUGUAGGUGUGUGACUGAGUCUCAUCUCGUACAUGUGUGUGUUUCUCAUCUGCUAUCAUCAGAGUCUUGGCUCCUGCAGAUUCGUGUUUGUGAGAAGAAUGGAUUUCAUUUCUUCAUCUCUCCUGUGUGGGAGUCAUGAGCAGCGGCCUCGGCUUCUGGGUCAGAGCGUACGGGUUGUUUACGGCGUAGGUGUUUGAGAUUACAGCAGGUUUCAUAUGCUGGCAUCUCGGCCAGUGUGUGUCUGUGUGUGGAAGUGUGUGUGUGGGGGGGCUGCCCAGUAGUUUGCCUGAUGGCUGGAGGCCAGGUACAGAUAGGCCAGGCAGCACAAUGCCCUGCCUGUUCCUCACAAACCUUCACUUCACACUAUUUAUAGAAAGACGCUCUUCACGAACUCCAUUCAUAUUUCACAGGUCGGUCGGGUUUUGAUUUUCCUGGAAUAUUCUCUACGUGGUGCAGAACUCUCACUGUACAGCUGCGAGCUCUUCAGAUGUGUGGUGAGGUCGAAGGCGACAGGUUCACGAUGUGCGUGCACGUGAACGAGCGUGUGUGUGUGUGUGUGUAGCAUUCCACAGCGCACGAUUACAUAAUCAGGAGUCUUUGUCAAUAGAGCCGAGCGGUGCAGAGUGUAGAGGAUGUCGGUGGAAGUGACUCGUAGAAGAGAUUCUGUGGGGAGAAUUUAAAAAACCAUCAAAUUCACUUUCAUAAUAAUCAGAAAUACUUGUAAUGUAACUUCAUAUUUUAAAGAUACAUAAAAUCCAUGGAAAUUAGACAUAACUACGUGUGUGUGUGUGUGUGUGGGUCCUGGAAGCUGCUUUAAGGAAAGUUGUGUUAAGCUGCAGCAGCAAUCAGGCCCAUGGAUCUCUAUCAGCUCCAACAAAUCAAUAUACCACAGCUUGAAGCUCCUCACAGAUCUGCCCUGAACCACAUAAUCCCAUAUCUUUUCGUGAGGUAAUAAGUUGAGGUGAAUCACGGCUUCACUUCACUGAGACACAUCCUCACAGCUGAGACGUGAGACGUUCACGGGCCAGUUUCAGAGAAGUGACACCAUGACGACAGAAAUGCAGGAGAUCGCCAUCACGGAGGAGAAGCCGCUACUCACGGGUCAGGUUGACUCCACCAAGGACGCUGAGCUGGUGGCGAGGAUUCUCCUGGACCAAGGACAGGAGCACAGUGUGGAGACCCCCCAUGGAGUUCUGCACGUCACACUCCACGGAACACGGACCACCCGCAGGCCAGCGAUCCUCACCUUCCACGACGUGGGCCUGGACAGUAAGAGCUGCUUCUCUCACCUGUUCAAGUUCGAGGAGAUGCAGGAGAUCGUGAAGAACUUCACCCUGAUCCAUAUCGAUGCCCCGGGUCAGGAGGAGGGCGCUGCUGACUACCCCGCCGGAUACCAGUACCCCCCCAUGGACACCAUCGCGGAGAUGAUUCCUGCCGUCCUCCAGUUCUUCAACUUCCGUACGGUGAUCGGAGUGGGGGUGGGGGCAGGAGCCUACAUCCUGUCCAAGUUCACACUGGCGAACCCGGACUCGGUGGAGGGGCUGGUUCUGAUCAACAUUGACACCAACGCUCGUGGGUGGAUCGACUGGGCCGCGCAGAAGCUCAGCUCCGUGACGUCCUCGCUCACCGAGCAGAUCCUGUCCCACCUCUUCAGUCAGGAGGAGCUGUCGUCAAACACCGAGCUGGUGCAGUCUCACCGGGAGCGGAUCUCCAAAGCUUCCAACCUGGUGAACAUCGAGCUGCUGUGGAAGACGUACAACAGUCGCAGAGACUUGAACAUCGACCGCAGCAGCACCUUCAAGUGUCCAGUGAUGCUGGUGGUCGGGGAUCAAGCUCCGUACGAGGAAGCCGCUGUGGAGUGCAACAGCAAACUGGACCCGACCACGACCUCGUUCCUGAAGAUGGCCGACGCCGGUGGUCUCCCUCAGUUGACCCAGCCGGCGAAAUUGACUGAGGCGUUCAAGUACUUCAUCCAGGGCAUGGGCUACAUGGCUUCAUCUUGCAUGACCCGCCUCUCUCGCUCCCGCACCACCUCCCUCUCCUCCUCCUACUCCAUGGACGGGUCUCGCUCUCGCUCCCGCACCCUGUCUCAGGGCUCGCAGGGCGGCCAGAUGCCCCCGAGCCCCUCCCAGACGAUGGAGGUGUCCUGCUGAAGACAUAGUUAGAGAGAGAGAGAGGGAGAGAGAGAGUGAGUGAGAAAGAGAAGAGGGUGAUGGUGGAAGGAAGGGAAAGACAAAGCAUUACAAUAACACAGGAACAAGACGAAUGGGUUUCUUAUUUGUCAGUAAACGAUCUUCAUGUCCCCAGAAGAGCAGAGUUGGAGCAGAGGGAGGGAGGAAGAGGGAGGGAAGAAGACGACAGGAAGUUGUCCUCCACUUUUUGCACCACACACAUGUCCAGUCCUUCUCCUCAAAUCCCCCCCCCUUCCAGCUGAAAACAAAAUGGAUCGGGUGGCUCUAUGAUAAAAGUAUAAGACGUGCAGGGAGAUAAGAACCAAAGGGGACGGGGGGGGGGGGCCUUCUCUCUGCCUCCCCCUGCUGGAGCCUCUGUCGGCCGUCAGAGCCCUUAAUUAAAACAAGGACGUCUAAUAGUAAUAAUUGUAAUUCUGAAAACGGUGAAUUGUUGUUGGUGAUCAUAUUGUCGAUUAUGACGAAGCUGAUGAUGACGAUGUUCUAGGAAAAAAAUAACACAUUUCUCUUUAUUACGCAAUGAAUUUAAAAAUAACAUAGAUAUAAAAGAUAGUCUAGAAGAGAUACUUAUAACAACAAUGUGUGUCUACUACUUUUUAAGCUAGUUUUUAUUGUGUCCUUUUUUAUUUCUCUGAAUUAAAUUUUCUUAUUUGUAAAGUGCGUCAGCGAGGGUCCGAAGGUGCUGAUUGGUUACGUGGUAACAGCCAAUGAGAGUCAUUCGAGUGACUACUUCCUGCUUGACGCUGCCGGGUUGUUCGUGUCUUCCAUUUGCCCCGUGCGUUACCGACUUGUUCUGUUUUCACUUUCUAUCGGAGGACAGAAGGUUUUAUUUUCCGGAAGUUGCUGAGAGGUUCAUAUUUUUCUUUUAUAUACUGCUUACGAGCUGUGUGUGUUUGUGUGAGAGUGUGUGUUGUUUUGAUGGAAGAACGGGUCGGUAGGUGCGUGUGCGCUUAAGCUAGCUAGCACCCUAUUGUUAACACUAGUCGCAAAACAAAUACUGCUUCCAACGUCGCUGGACAGUCUUGAACUGUGCGUCCAAAUAUCUGCAAUCCUGUUCUACCCACCAGGGGGCGUGACAUCACCAGCUAGCAAGUGUGUCGGAUAUUGCAUUGCAGUACCAGACGUGGCCAGUUGGGAUCACUGUGUUUGUCAACGGGGUUGUAACUUCUUAGCUUUGGCCGUGCAUGUAUACCUCCGAAAAAAAACCAGCUAGCCUCCUUGAGUUAAUGUGCGAUGUUAGAGGAGCGUACGUUAGCUCCGGCAGAAGGAAGCUUUAUUCAACCAGUGGGGUCGGAGAGAUGUGUGUGUGUGUUUAUGUUUGUGUAAGAAAGUAAAUGUGAAUUGUGUGUGUUCAGUAAGCACAUUUCACGAAGAGGAGAAAAGUUCUUUUAGACGAUUUAUUGGGAUUUUUUGGGGCCGAAGACGAAAUGUCCCAACAUCGAUAUCUUGGCUGAUACACAUUCAAAAAUAAAAUCGUCAGUAACUAAAUGUCGUCAUCAGAAGCAACUUUUUACCCCGUCUGAAAAAGGCUGACAUUUCCCUUGAUGUUAUCGGCCAAUCAGAAUGUCGCUGGGGCUCUAAUAGAAAAGAGAAUUGAUCCGUUUUGAGACCAACUCAACAUCCUGUGACUUUCCUGUUGUUGACAAUGAAGCAGCGCGUCCACUGCCUUCACACUCAGGAGACAAGACACAGAAAUGCUGUCCCAUUCUUUUUCUGUUGUGUGAACCGAUCUGGAAAAGCCAGUGUCCUGCCAAAAGGGAAAAAAUCCCCAAAAUACUGAGAUUAAUCAAGCAGCAGAAAAAGCUGUGAAACAAAAUCAAUCCAUGAUCCUUCUACGCCCCACGAAGCUUCUCACUGCCCUGGUUCCAAACACGAGAAUCCUCCGAGCGGAUGUGUUGUUUUUAAACUUCCGUGCACGAUGUCUUUGUUCCACUUUCUUGUGAAGAUCAGAAUCAUUGUUGUGAGUCCGUUUUUGUUUUUGUUUUUGUAUUAAAAACCUGUUUGAUGAAGCAGAGCCAUGAUCUUGAUUGACACCAACCACGUGGUGGAGAUCCUUUUCCGAUGUGGUGUCCAACCCGAGCCGCCUCCGUGUUCUCAGCCCCGUCCAGAGGGAUGAGAUGUAGAAUGUAAAUGCCCUCCCCCCCCCUCCCCCCCACACAGACACACACUGACAUGCAAACUCCAACAAUUGAGCACGGAAACUUUUACCAAACAAGUGACAACGGGUGGAGCAGAGAUGUGAAAUUGCCAAAUAAAGGAGCAGUGCUUCUUUUGCCGAGUGGAGCCGGGCUGUGUGAUUGUAACCGCUCGUCCAUCUUGUCUUUGAUCAUCUCUUGAUUUUGACUUUGAUCACAGUGUUCUUUCCUCCGUGUUGGAAUUCAUUUCUCUGUGAAGUGUUAGUUUACCGUCCCGAUGUGCUCACAAGUUAGUGUGUGAUCGUUCUCGUGUAACUUUUUUAGCAUUAGCACUGAUAAGGGAGAAUAAUAUAAUUAACGGUAAAAAAUAAUGUAUAGAGAAUACAAUCAAACUUUAAUUGUGUGGCUAAUUUUUAUGUGUAACACAAUAAACAUCCUGAAAAAGUCAAACGUAAAUAUUAAUAAAAGCUGAAGAGAAACA